CCAGCCCCCCCCCCGCCCUCGCCGUGCGGUUCCAUGGGACACGCGCUGUUGUUCUCUCCCGGGCAGCCGCGGGGAGGCGGAGGAAGAUGCCGGGGAAGCUGAAGGUCAAAAUCGUGGCAGGGCGCCAUUUGCCGGUGAUGGACCGCGCCAGCGACCUGACCGACGCCUUUGUGGAGGUAAAAUUUGGAAAUACAACAUUUAAGACAGAUGUGUAUCCCAAAUCACUUAAUCCUCAGUGGAAUUCUGAGUGGUUCAAAUUUGAAGUAGAUGAUGAAGAGCUACAAGAUGAACCUCUCCAGAUCACAGUUCUUGAUCAUGAUACCUACAGUGCUAAUGAUGCCAUUGGCAAAGUGUACAUAGAUAUUGAUCCUUUGCUCUACAGUGAAGCAGCUACAGUUAUUUCAGGCUGGUUUCCAAUUUAUGAUACCAUUCAUGGUAUACGUGGGGAGAUCAAUGUGGUGGUGAAAGUAGACCUCUUCAAUGAUUUAAACAGGUUUAGGCAGUCAUCCUGUGGAGUCAAGUUUUUUUGCACUACAUCUAUUCCUAAGUGUUACAGAGCAGUAAUAAUUCAUGGAUUUGUGGAAGAACUUGUAGUUAACGAGGACCCAGAAUACCAGUGGAUAGACCGAAUUCGUACACCGAGAGCAUCGAAUGAGGCUAGACAAAGACUUAUUUCACUCAUGUCAGGUGAAUUGCAAAGGAAGAUUGGCUUGAAAGUGCUUGAAAUGAGAGGAAAUGCAGUUGUUGGUUAUUUGCAGUGUUUUGAUUUGGAGGGAGAGUCUGGACUUGUAGUUCGAGCCAUAGGAACAGCCUGCACGUUGGAUAAAUUGAGUAACACAACAGCAUUUUUACCUGCAUGUAACUCCCCAUCCAAAGAAAUGAAGGAGAUUCCCUUCAAUGAAGAUCCCAAUCCCAAUACUCAUUCAUCAGGACCCUCCACCCCUCUGAAAAACCAAACCUAUUCCUUUUCACCUUCCAAGUCCUACAGUCGACAGUCCUCUUCUUCUGACACAGAUUUGAGUUUGACACCCAAAACUGCACCUUCCCCACAGGGACCUAGGAUUUUCCUGUUUCCCAGCUCCCCUACACUCUCUUGUGAUUCCCCACAUCUUAAAAAGUCCUGUCUCCUCCUCUCGGGGUCUAGCCAUAACCCUCUACACUCUAGCCAUGUCAGCCCAGUUGUUCUGAGGAAAAGUGUUUCUUUCACUGAAGAGCUACUUCUGGCUGCUUCUGGAAUGGGCAGUGGGAGUGCUGGAAAAGAAGGGGGGCCAUUCAAAACUCUUUUACGACAACAAACUCAAUCAGCUCUGGAACAAAGGGGAGGAUCGCCUCGUAGGUUCUGUAGAAGGCGGGAAUUUCCAUUUUUUACCUUGACGACCUUUCCACCAGGCUUUCUUAUCCACGUCGGUGGUGUUGUCAGCGCACGGUCUGUGAAGCUCCUGGAUCGCAUUCACAAUCCUGCCUUUGUCGGAAUUAUGGGUAACACAAGAUCAUACAAACUGCUAGACUGGAAUAGUUUCAAUUCAGAUGAACCAGAGACACGAGAUGCAUGGUGGGCAGAAAUCAGACAAGAAAUAAAAUCCCAUGCCAAGGCAUUGGGUUGUCAUGCUGUAGUGGGCUACAGUGAAUCAACUAGCAUUUGUGAAGAGGUCUGUAUUUUGUCCGCGUCUGGCACAGCAGCUGUACUGAACCCUAGGUUUCUUCAGGAUGGCACCAUGGAAGGCUGUUUGGAACAAAGGUUGUCAUGGCAGCCUGGCUUCUUUUCCAUAGGGUCAGAGAAGGGAGAGGUUGAUUUUUUUCCUCAGAGCCAAGAUAGUUCUUCUCUAUUAGGGAUUGAAGAAGCUUCACCACCAGGUUGUGGAUUUUGCCAUAUACCAUAUGAUGAAUUGAACAUGCCAUUCCCUGCUCACCUCACUUACUGUUACAACUGCAGGAAGCAAAAAGUUCCUGAUGUCCUUUUCACCACAAUUGAUCUUCCUGUAGAGGCAAUAGUUAUUGGGAAGGGAUGUCUUAUUCAAGCCAGGUUAUGCCGUCUCAAGAAGAAAGCUCAAGCUGAAGCAAACGCAACAUCGAUCAGUAAUCUCUUGCCAUUUAUGGAAUAUGAAGUGCACACCCAGCUGAUGAAUAAACUUAAGCUAAGAGGAAUGAAUGCUCUGUUUGGGCUGAGAAUUCAGAUCACUGUGGGUGAAAAUAUGCUAAUGGGGUUGGCAUCAGCAACAGGUGUGUACCUAGCAGCUUUGCCAACACCUGGUGGCAUUCAGAUUGCUGGGAAGACUCCAAAUGAUGGCACCUAUGAACAGCAUAUAUCUCACAUGCAAAAGAAAAUAAAUGACACAAUAGCUAAAAACAAGGAACUUUAUGAGAUUAAUCCUCCAGAACUACCUGAAGAAAUCAUUGGGUCUCCCAUUCCAGAGCCAAGACAACGUUCUAGGUUAUUAAGAUCUCAGUCAGAAAGCUCUGAUGAAGUUACAGAGCUAGACCUUUCACAUGGGAAAAAGGAUGCUUUUGUCUUGGAGAUUGAUGAUACAGAUGCAAUGGAAGAUGUACAUUCUUUACUGACAGAUGUUCCACCACCUUCUGGUUUUUACAGUUGCAACACAGAAGUUAUGCCUGGUAUAAAUAACUGGACACCAGAAAUUCAAAUGUUCACCGCAGUAAGAGUAUCCAGAUUAAGCAACAUUAAUCUAACAAAUCAAACACUUAAUAAGAACUUCAAUGAUCUCUGUGAGAAUCUGUUGAAGAGCUUGUAUUUUAAACUGCGAUCUAUGGUUCCCUGCUGCCUUUGUCAUGUAAAUUUUACAGUUGCUUUACCAGAGGAUGAAAUAGUGCAGAUUGCAGUCACAGCCGUUGCAAUUACAUUUGACAAAAACCAAGCAUUGCAAGCCAACAAAGCCCCUACAGAAAAAUCACAGCAAAGAGCAUCUACAGACAACGAAGAACAGCUACAAUUUCCAUUGGAACUUAGCUCUGAUCCCCUUGCUUCUCAACCAUUCUCACCAGCUAAAGAAAGCUGUUGUCCUGUACAACAUGACUCUGAUCAUAUAUUUCCUGUUGUCAUACUAGAAGUCCUGGAGGGUGCAAGUUCCCACACAGGUAUUCCUGCUGCUCAGAGAGUGAUGAAGUCCCAGUCAGGCAGUUGGUUCACAGCUGGGACAUCACCAGAAAUCGCAACGUCAGUUGAUUACAGUUCCUUUGCAGACAGAUGCAACAGCUGGAUAGAGCUCAUUAAACUGAAAGCUCAGACCAUAAGGCGCGGAUCAAUUAAGACAACUGCAUCACUUGAUAAAACAAGCCCGUUGGCUGAGGGAUACUUACGGCACCGUUCUGUUCCGUCAUGCACCAAUUCUACUGUCUCGGUUGUUAAGAUGACACCCCUUUCUUUUCUACCUCGGGCAAAAAUAACCAAAUAUCUUGGGAUAAUCAACAUGUUUUUUAUACGAGAAACCACUUCUUUGCGUGAGGAGGGUGGUGUCAGUGGUUUUCUCCAUGCAUUUAUUGCUGAAGUGUUUGCAAUGGUGAGAGCUCAUGUGGCAGCUUUAGGGGGGAAUGCUGUUGUCUCAUACAUAAUGAAGCAGUGUGUUUUUAUGGAGAAUCCAAACAAAAAUCAGGCCCAGUGUUUAAUAAAUGUAAGUGGUGAUGCAGUCAUCUUUGUAUGUGAAUCUGAGUUAGAAAUGUUACCAGUACAACCUUCUGCAGUUGUUUCUCAACCAACAAGUUCUGGAGGAGAUGUCACAACGUGAAGACAGAAAAAGUGAAAUAGGCUCUGCCAAAUAUAGAGAUUGUUUAUAAUGUGGGAAUGUUUAAGUUUGCAUCUUCAAAAUCAGUAUCUCCCCAUAACGUGAAGAGCCAAAAUCCAAGACAAUCACUCUACUUUGUCCUUUAUGUUAUAGUCAGGGCAGCUUAUUGGCAGGUAUGCUCUGAUUCUUCUGUUAUAAAUACAGACCCCCUUUGAAACCUAGACAGAAGAUGAAGCACUGAUUUGAAAGUAUGGAUUAAAAUAGUAGGUAUCACUUGCAACUGUGAAAGUAAACAAAAUUGUCACAUUUUUCAGCUUUUUAACAGGACCAUGACAAGUUACUCAGAACCAUCUCUGAGUUUGCAUAUUGAAUAAGCUGAUACUCAGCUCUGUUUAAAAAAUAAAAGAGGGGGUGAGGUGGGUGGAAGACAACUGAGAAGCUUGCGUUAGCAACAUUUGCCAAAGGAGCAAGGGAUUUGUGCACAGACUAAUAAACUGUGAGGUGGAGUCUGAACUUGUCUUAGAUGAUAGAGUGUGAAGAGGAAGAAGCUGUGCCAAAAGGUCACAGUUCAAAUUAUUUCUGAUACAAAAAUAUUUUUCAACUGUUUGUGAACUGCUGAUUUAUUUUAUUGUAUUUAAAUUAUUACUAUACAGUGUAUGUCUUGUGUGAUGUUUUGGGGUUUUUAUUGUUAAUUUUUGUUUUUUAAAAGUUGCCAGACCAUGAUGCUGUGUUCCUAGUCAUCCCCAUGGUUAAAAAAAACAACAAAACAAAAAACAACUAAAGAAAAAGUUCUGAAAUGUAUUAGGUGCUGUAAUAAGCUGUUCACCUUGAUAUUAACAAAAUAGAUCUUUUUUUUAUAUAAGGUUCCAUGAAACAAUUUUCCUUAGGCUCAUUUUCUUAAGGCAUGAUCUCUUGCAAGAAUGACAUAAACAGUCCUCCAAAAGUCAGUUAUACACAGGUAUGCUCCAGACUCCUUUUCAUGUAAUCAGUUGGAAAUGCCUGGCUAGUUGGAGAUUGUUGUAUGUUUGUGAUGCUGAUUUCUGCAAGUUAGUUUUGGGGGAUUUUUUCCAGUACAGUAGCUGGGAAAUGAGGGUACUGCUAAGAAAGGAAAUUUGUCAUUUCUGGUAAAUGUCUGAAAGGCAGUGAUGUUUUAAUGUAACAAAUGCAAACUUUGAUCUGAAGAUGCAUUCUUACUUAAUUCUGACAAUUACCCUACAUGGAACUUGAACAAACAUGUAAACUUGAAUGUAAAUACUCUGCUUAGUGUUGAGAUUAAGCAAUGGCAUGAUUAUUUGUUAAAGCUAAUUAUUUCAUUGUAAAUGAGCAUGAAAAUAAUUCUUGCACAAUAAAUUUCUGUAUAAAA